CCACCAUCACCAGCAGCAGUAGCAGCAGCAGCAGAGGAAUAUCUCCCAAUAUCCCAUCCCGGGCACGUCGGAUAAGCUGCAGCAGCGAAAGCACGCGGCAAAUAUUGCGGUGGAAGGGAAAGGAGAGCAGGUCCAUGGGAUUUCACACCUCUCACCCAGCCUGGGCGGCAGUUUGGGCUUGUUAUGGGGGUGACCCGAAGGAGAAAGUGACAGCGGAACAGUGAUGCCACUGUUUACAUAACAGGAGAGACUCGCACACACAUACAUGCACAAACAUAUACACACAGACAUGCAAGCAGGCUCAAAUCGCCAGUCCAAGACAUACACACUCACUUAAACAGUUCCACACAUGCAUACACUCUGAGACGGCGUAUUGAACGGAGUCACUGACUGAGUCACUGCACACUCAGAGGAACAGAAUCACUGACUCACACACAGGAACACACACAGACAGACACAUACACAAGGGGAAAAGGUUGUUUGCAGGAGCCAGGACUGUGUUGUGUGUGCUAUGGGCCAAGCUGAGCAGCAGCUGUGUGUGAGUGUUGGAUACCUCUGAAGGGUCAAAGCAGCUGGAACCCUCUGCCUCCCCCAGUUCCUCCCCUUACCCCUCCUAUCCCUCCUCUUCCAGCUAUCCCCAAAACACAUCAUCAUGUCCGAGCUGAGGACCAGCAGACUUUUAUCCCCCCCUUCAUCCUUCUCUUUCCACCUCAGGUUUCUAUCCCUCCUCCUCUCCCUCUGCCUUUCCCUUUCUCUCUAUCCAACCUCCUUAUUGGCACAACAGACUGUGCCGGUCAUUUCUACGGCACAGGGCCGUAUCCGUGGCAUCUUGACCCCGCUGCCCUCAGACCUCCUUGGGCCUGUCAUUCAGUACCUUGGAGUACCCUACGCCAGGCCUCCCACGGGGGAUCGGCGCUUCCAGCCGCCUGAGCCGCCCUUACCUUGGCCAGGAAUACGAAACGUGACGCAGUUUGCUCCUGUGUGCCCACAGUCAUUGGAUGAGAGGAGCAUACUGGGAGACAUGAUGCCAUCCUGGCUCACUGCUAACUUGGAUAUAGCAGCGACGUACCUCACUCACCAGAGCGAGGACUGUCUCUACCUCAAUAUCUAUGUGCCAACCGAGGAAGACAUCCAUGAGGAGGGGCAGAGGCCAGUGAUGGUCUACGUCCACGGUGGCUCCUACACAGAAGGCACCGGUAACAUGAUGGAUGGCAGUGUGCUUGCAAGCUAUGGCAAUGUCAUCGUCAUAACUCUCAACUACCGCCUAGGAGUAUUAGGAUUCCUUAGUACAGGUGACCAGGCAGCAAAAGGGAACUACGGCUUGCUUGACCAGAUCCAGGCCCUGCGCUGGGUGAAGGAAAAUAUCGCAGCCUUUGGCGGGGAUCCAAACAGGGUCACGGUGUUUGGAUCAGGGGCUGGAGCAUCCUGCGUGAGCCUCCUCACCUUGUCGCACUACUCGGAGGACCUGUUCCACAGAGCCAUCAUCCAGAGCGGCAGUGCUUUAGCCAGCUGGGCUGUCAACUACCAGCCAAGCAAGUAUGCCCGGCAGCUCGGUGAAAGAGUGGGCUGCGGCAUCGAUGACAGCACGCAACUGGUUGCCUGCCUCCAGGGCCGGAGUUACCGUGAACUUGUGGAGCAGAACAUAACACCAGCCAAAUAUCAUACAGCUUUUGCCCCGGUGAUUGAUGGUGAUGUUAUACCUGAUGACCCCCAGAUUCUGAUGGAGCAGGGAGAGUUUCUGAACUACGACGUGAUGCUGGGGGUUAAUCAGGGUGAGGGCGUGAAGUUUGUGGAGGGCAUAGUGGACUCAGAGGACGGUGUCAGUGCUGAGGACUUUGACUUCGCAGUGUCGGACUUUGUGGAUAGUUUGUAUGGAUACCCAGAGGGCCGAGACACAUUGAGAGAAAGCAUAAGGUUCAUGUACACAGACUGGGCAGAUCGGGAUAAUGCAGAAACCCGCAGGAAGACACUAGUGGCGCUUUUUACAGACCAUCAGUGGGUGGCACCAGCAAUAGCAACAGCUGAUCUCCACGCUCAGUAUGGGUCUCCUACCUACUUCUACUCAUUUUACCACCACUGCCAGAGUGACGCCACGCCACCUUGGGCCGACUCUGCCCACGGUGAUGAGGUGCCUUAUGUGUUUGGCGUGCCCAUGGUGGGACCCACCGAUCUGUUCAACUGUAACUUCUCCAAAAACGAUGUGAUGCUGAGUGCGGUCGUUAUGACCUACUGGACCAACUUUGCCAAGACUGGUGAUCCAAACCAGCCAGUUCCUCAAGAUACCAAGUUUAUCCACACAAAGCCUAAUCGCUUUGAGGAAGUGGCUUGGUCUAAAUACACCCCCAAGGAGCAGCUGUAUCUCCACAUUGGCCUCAAGCCCCGAGUCAGAGAUCACUACCGUGCUACCAAAAUCUCCUUCUGGCUCCAGCUGGUCCCACACUUGCAUCAUGUCAACGAGCUCCUCCAGUCGGUGUCGUCUUUCACUCACAGUCCCUCUCCACAGGAUGACACCCCUUACUCUUACACUAAGCGUCUAUCCAAAGGUUGGCCUCCUAGCAGUACACGCCACCCGGGUUCCCCAGGAGGUACUCCACAACCACCCGAGCCCGCGUUAGGACAAGGUGGAGAAGAAAAUGGGGUCCGUGUCCCUAAUGAGGACUACUCCACUGAGCUCUCAGUGACUAUUGCAGUAGGAGCGUCACUGUUGUUUCUUAACAUACUUGCAUUUGCGGCUCUUCUUUACAAAAAAGACAAAAGGCGUCUGGAGCAUCGUAGGCCACGUCCACUUCCCCCACCGAGGAGAGACAUCACGCCAGCAGACGUUGCAGCCCACCUACAGGGGGAGGGACUGAUGUCAUUACAGGUGAAGCAGCUGGAGUGUGACGCUGCCUCAGCAGAUGAACGGAACAACGCUCACCAUCAUCACACCCUGGAUACUCUAGAUGCGCUGGAUGGAUUGGACACCCAGGACAUCUACAGCACACUGGACACUGUGCGCCUCACCUGCCCACCUGAUUACACCCUCACGUUGCGCCGCUCACCCGACGAUGUCCCCCUCAUGACCUCUCUGACCCCGGGAUCGCUGCCCGUGACCCCGGGGUCUCACCCCGUUACUCCUGCGACGCCAAUGACCCCAAUGACGCCUGGAUCGGUGGCCGGGAUGAGGAUGGGGCAUCCUCACCAGGGAUACACACACCAUAGCCCAUAUAGUAAUACACACUUGCCACACACACACAUCUCCACGCACACACACUCCACCACGCGUGUAUAACCGCAGCAAGAUACCGCAGCACAUAGAUACAACACACACCCUUACUUAAACACACACACACACACACACACUGAACAAAAGACUUAAAUACCUCUACUAAUUACCCUGCAGGAUUGUUACAGAAGGAAUGACAGAGAGACAUUUUUCAGUAACAGGAUGUAAAGACAAACAGCUGUGUGUUGCAUGUCUGGGGAACUGAAACCUAAAACUGGAUCAGACGAGAUACUCAUUUGCUCAUAACCCGAUGAGCCAGGACAUCCAUCAAAUGUCUGAAAACCUGCUUUGGAUUUUAAAUCUGCUUUUUCUACAACUGAGGAGGAGGAUGAGGAGCACUGUGGCAAAGGGGUCAGUUACUUUACAUCUCUUACUGCACCUGAGCUGCGCAGUGCAAACCGUGCUGAGGCUGAAGAGAGCAGAUGUAGAUGCAGAACUGAGUUAUGAAGUACCACACACACAGACUGCUGAUGUCAACUUGAACAACCUGUGAAAUGUGAAUGUAGCAUUUUUUUUUCAUUAAAAGAUCAAAGGCCCUAUCUGCCAAGGAUCAAACUAAGCUGAGGAGAAAAUAACAAAUUUCAGCGAGAGAUGGAUGUAAAAAAAAAACAAAAAAGGAAAAAGCAGAGAAAGAGGAAGAGGGGGAUUGAAAAGACAACAUAAGCUGAAGGAAAAAGUUUGCGCGAUGGUGGGAAAGAGAUUAAGAUUUCAUUGAGAGGGAUUUAACAGCUGUGAGAGUGAGGAAGACAAAGGGAGAUAGAGUGAUAUGAAGAAAAAAAAACACACACACAGAAUUGGAAAGUGUGCCAAGAGAAAGAAAUUAGCUUCAGAAGAAGAAGGGGCCUCUGAAGUGUUGCCAGACUUACUGAAGAAUCACUCUAACCAGCUAUGUGUUAAACUCUUGUAAAUAGAAUGGAAAGAUACAGAUGAUAUAUUAUGAUUUACAGCAUUUACCUGCUCUUGCAUUAAAACAUGACUUAUUUAACCACAUUAUUGCUUUCAUUUCAGAUAUUACUAUAUUAUUGUAUAGAUGUCCUAAAGCAAGGCUGGUUGUCUUUCUAUCUCAACCCACUGUAAUAUGUACACAGUACCUUUAUUUACAGACUAUAUUUGCUAUGCACAGUCAUUUGAGUAAUUCUUAACAAUGUGAGCAUUUAGGUAUUUGUUUAGUCGUUGAAAUAUAGGACAUUUUUCACUCCAUCCUGUCUUUUUUUUGAUCAUUGGGAAGAUGAGCUAGUACUGUGUAGAUAAUGCAAUAUUGGUUUGAUGAUUGAGCACCAGCCAAAAACCACGAACCCUUUGAACCUUUCCUGCUCUCCUUCCCUUCGCAUUCCUAAAAUUCUUCGUCAAGGCCUUACCCGUAUUACCUAAAAAACCAAAAUGUAAUCUGAAGAUUUACAGACAGAUGGUGAUUGUUCAGGAGUUCAAAAAUCACCGCAUGUCUCCCCAAACAUUCAAAGAACAAAAGGCUUAAAUACCUCUACUAAUAACCCUGCGGGGUUGUUACAGAAGGCAUGAGGGAAAGACUUUUUUUUGGGACACAUGCUGUCGAAAAUCACAGCAUGUCCCUCAAAAUUCAAGGAUUCGUUCUGUUGUUUUUUUCAAGCCCCACUGUUUUACGAACCCACGACUGAAUUGCACCCAUUAAAAUAUAAAAGCCGCCAUCACGCCUGCCAACCCCUCCUAAAUAAAACAAAGAAGUCUUGUUGCUUAGACUCUCUUGACGCUGUCACCCACAGUCUGUAGAGAAAUGUGGCGGUGUCACCAACGAUUUAUCGGUAGUAAGCUCGAUGUUUGGCUUACUACCUGCCACCAUGGUGCCAAUUGUUUGCCAGAUUUGAUAAAUGAGGUGGAGUCUGGGUGGAGCAGAAGAGGGGACAAUCACAGUUGCUUUGUGUUACAGUGUGAGGCAAACAUGCUGCUUUUUACGCCUUAACAUCCUCUUAAUGGAGCAAUAUUUUUCCAAAUUUCUAUCAAGACACACCGGGAAAGCAGUUAAAUUAAUUAUCACUCCCCCCCUCCCCACCCAGACUACGUCAUGUGGAAAUAAUGGCUGAUUUUAGCGUGAGUACUUGCUGCUUUGGUCAUCAUAAUAAGAUAUGAAGCAUUUAUGAAAUCAUAGUCUUAUCUGGUUGCUACUGUGAAGCUAAAAACUUAUUUUUCUUUGCUCCAACUAAAAACCCAGAUUCCAGGAACUUCACCAAAAGCCAUAACGAUGGCGCAGAGAAGCUCCCAUUUUACUCCCUUUUAUUUCUGCCUUCCUUGUCCUGAUCUGUGUCCUAUCUAACCCCUUCCUUUCCCCCUCCCAGCCUCAUUUGUGCAGCUACAUUGCAGCUUUGACAGCGAGGCCUAUUUAACCUCCUCUCAUCCUAAGUAACUUCUUCAUGAGAGAUUUUAGUUACCUGUCAACAGAAUACAUGAAAAAUGAAAGCUGAAAAAAAAAAUUGUGGAUGGUAAGCAAAGACCUUUUACAAAGAGAUAUAAAAAUAACAUUUAACAAAUGUUUGAUUGACUGAAUAUUUUUUUCAUAUAUGGGUUUACUGACUCAGCGGAUGGCUGGAUUGUGUCAAGCAUAAAACAUUUCUGCUGCAUUUUUGAAAAAUAAAAAUAUCAGUAUUUUACAAUUAUGAGCAUUUUAAA